UUCUCAGACUGAAAGCAAUUCAAUUACCAGUAUUCGAGUCUAUGGAAGUAGCCAGAACCAGAGCGAGUGUAUGAAAAAAUGGGUGGGUUUUUGUUUAUCUUCUUCAUUGUUAGCUCCGUUCUAUUAUCUGCAACUUCUGAAGCUUCCAAGUGUUCCAUUAAUGGAUUCCCAUUAUUAGUAAGGAAUAUCAGUGAGCUUGAACAGGAUAACUAUGGAAGGGCAGGCUUGUCCCACAUUACUAUAGCAGGUUCAGUUAUGCAUGGGAUGAAAGAGGUGGAAGUAUGGCAUCAAACAUUUGCUCCAGGAUCACGUACACCGAUCCAUAGGCAUUCAUGCGAAGAAGUUUUUGUUGUGCUGAGAGGAACUGGCACGGUCUAUCUUUCUCCAAGCUCACACCUGAAGCAUCCUGGAACUCCACAAGAGUUCUCUAUUUUCUCAAAUAGCACAUUUAUCAUACCCGUUAAUGAUGUUCACCAGGUUUGGAAUACUAAUGAACAUGAAGAUUUGCAGAUGCUCGUUAUUAUUUCUCGCCCCCCAGUCAAAGUGUUCGUAUAUGAAGACUGGCCAAUGCCUCACAAUGCAGCAAAACUGAAGUUUCCCUAUUAUUGGGAUGAACAAUGCUUCCAAUCACCACCCCAAAAGGAUGAAUUGUAACCCGAGACUUGUGUAGCCCUACAAAAUUGACAUAACUGUUUACUUUUACAGUUUUCUUUACAAUAGAGUUUCAUGAUAUAAACUACACAAUAUGUAUGGUACUUCAAUGGUUUCUCUUGCCAUUGAUGCAUGUAUGGUUACUAAUAUUUGCUACCUAAGAGAAUGUGAAUAUUCGUCACUUUA